CUCAGCUUCGUUCUUCGUAACUUCUGCUUAUUUAGACGAUUCUUGGUAUCUAAAUCCAUCUGCAUCUACAUACAUACUGGUUACACUUCAAGGUCUCCAGUCAUCCAACUCGUCCAACAUUGCAAGAUAAACACAAUAACAUUUCCACUUUUGGUAUUUUGCCAGGGCCGAUUCUCAUCACGUUCAGCUCUUAGCAUUAACAGUAAAGCCAUGAGGUAAACCCGCUUCCCUCUUGACCCAUAACCGCCAUGGACGCGUCAUCUCUCAGCGACGACCUUUCCGACUACGAUGUCGUAUCAGAUCCCGGAAGGCAUUCGCUAGAAUCUAGUAUUGCAGACCUUACUCCUAAUCCUGCCCCAACCAACGAACCGUCUCCCGUUCAGGAAGCCUACGACAAAUUCGCCACAAUCAGGCUUACUGCGAAUGACAUACAAGUGAACACUCGCACUAGUCUAGGGCUUGCUCCUGCAUCAAGUUCCAAAGCAGAUAGAACGGGUAAUGAUAACAGGACAAAGCGUGUUUAUGUAGAUGGGCUCUUUGAUGUAUUCAAUACAGGCCACGCCCUCCAGCUUCGUCAAGCCAAAUUAUCAUUUCCCUCCGUACACCUCAUCGCAGGUGUUUACUCCGAUGAAUUAUGCGAAUGUUACGGGACUCCUACAACUGUUCCUCACCUCGAAAGGUGCGAAAUUCUUCGACAUUGUAGAUGGGUAGAUGAGGUACUUCCGGAUGCUCCAUGGCAAAUUGACGAACAGUUCCUACGUGAACGACACAUUGAUUAUAUUGUGGUGGAAGAAGGGAUGACUGUUGAUCCAUCGUGUGACAAGGUCCGACUCAAAGGUUAUGAUGCUAUGAAGAGAAUGGGUAAGGUAAUACCCACAAAACGAACCUUAGGCAUAACCGUAGUGACUCCAGCCUCUCUUCCUAAUCCUGGUACUCCGAAAUCUCCUCCAAUUAUAGCUCUACUUUCGGAAGAAACUCCUGAACCCCUGGUAGAAUUCUAGUUCAAAUGUUGGACCUGCAUAUAUGUUCCAGUCCCCUGCAUUGGACAUACCUUUAGACCUUACUGCUUACUAUGUAUGCGUUCUUUUAUGUAAACACUAUCAUAUAUGUAACUCCUAUG